AUGCAUCUCUAUCCAGUGGUUCUUUUUCUGAUCAUCAUCACACAGAUGAGUGUGAUGAUGGAGUUAUCUCAGGCCGCUAGGGGAAGAAGCGGUGGUGGUUCUCGCGGUGGAUCCAGUGGUAGCCGAAAAAGGUCAGGGUCUAAAUCAAGCUCUGGAUCAGGUUCUAAGACAAAAGUCGGCAAAUACGAUCCUAUUAAACCAACCACAGUUCGCUCUCCUGUUAUUGUCAAGCAAACUAAGGUUGGUUCUCGCUCAGACGUGCUAAAAAGAGUUCUGUUUGGUUAUGUCGUGUAUAGCUAUGCUUUCGGUAAUGCUCCAGUGUAUCGCGAAGGGUAUCCGAUGUAUGGUAGUUACGUUACAAUCCCAGAAAAAAGAGCUGUCAGAAUUACCUAUGAAGAGCAGACGUUGCUGAACGAUGGAGGAGACAAAUGUCUGUCAGAAGAUUCAAAGACUUCUACGCUACGGGAAGGUAUCGGCGAAAACUUGGUGGAAUUGAAGACAACAGUCAAGUACAAAAACGGGAAAACGCAGAUUUAUAAUAACAGUACCAUCACUUUGGAAGACAUCAAAGAGGAGGAUUUUGAAGUGAUCACUCGAGCUCGGUAUAACACAACAAUAGUAGCAGGAACAUCCUGUACUCAAGUGGACAAGAAAGUUGAAGGGACGAUGGUUACAUUGUACGAGACAAAUCCCAACGCAGCUAACUCACUUAACAGUAAUUACAUGCUGUUGAUAAAUAUGAUUUUACUUUCUACAGCUAUUGAAACGUUUAGCUACAGCCGUGGCUAA